UGCAACCACUCACUCACUCACUCACUCCUCACUCACUGCGACUCCCUGCCCUCCUGGCCCCCCGUCAACGCAGACCCUGGCAGAGAAGGACUGCGCUGAACAAUCCAUCAAAGCGCACAACCAGCGCAUCCCCAUCAAGCCUACCUUCACUUCCCAGACAGCACACACGGAGAUCCCGUCUACAAGAUAACGUGUCAUCCAACAUAAACCCCUACACAAAUCCCUAGGUAUACAGGCCUCUGGAAGACCGCGCAUCAAAGCGCGCCACCAUGUCUGCCUUGGAUGACCUCGUCUUUGUCCUCUGGGGCAGAUUCACAGGCACAACCCAUGCUGCUCUAACACAGCGCAUCAUCUCACAUGGCGGUCUCAUCGAGAAGGACUUGGACCUCGCAACACACUUACUCUGUGACGCACCAGGAUCUCGACUACAAGAAGCCGAAGCAUUUCAAGCAGACGGUGGAACAUGGGUAGAUCUAGCAUGGCUUGAAGAACGACUCAAACCACGACGUACAACCAGGCGAUCGUCGCAAGAUACACUCCUUCCACCCACCAAGUCUGUCAAGUCUACAAAAUUGUCACUGGCACCAUCAAGCCAUGUGCAAGCUGGAUCGAGUAGUACGGCGACUGCUGCUGCUGCCGCAAGCUCAACAACGACUCCACACUCGAAUGUCUCGUCGCUUCGUCCAACAGCACCACCCUUCACACCAGCAACCCUCAAAACAACCGCCAAGAAACGUCGUGCAUCAGUUAGUCUCUCACCCCUCCUAUCCUUCUUCACAAAAGGACCUGCCUCGCCACAACCCACCACUGCACCAUCGCGAAAGAAACGCAAGACCGAUAACGUCCUACACGAUACAGGCGUACCAUCAACGCAGUCCCUUGGUCUAGUCGAUUUGACGGCAGAUGAUGUGGAUGGACCGCUGGAUGAUUGUAUUGUCCCACUCGACGAGUUGUACCUUGGUUCCGCGCAGGAUCAGGUAUUGAUUGAUGAAGGUGGUAUCUGGGAUGCCAUGCUCAACCAGACCGAUAUUGCUUCCAACAAGAACAAGUACUACGCCAUCCAGAUCAUCAAGCGUGCAUCCAACACACAAGGUGGCUUUGCCGUCUUUAGUCGCUGGGGCAGAGUUGGCAUCAGAGGUCAAUCACAGCUACACACCUGCUACUCAGUAGAAGAAGCGAAAGACUUUUUCCGUCGAAAAUUCAAGGAAAAAACACGCAUUGCAUGGGCAGAUCGUCAUGUUCCCCUUCACUUCCAAGCUGCAAAUCGAUACGUCUUCAUCUCUCGAGAAUACCAACGCAAAUCUGCAGCAUCUGCACCGAAUAGCCCUGAAAAGAAACGAGGCGCUCUUGCUGCUGCUCAAUCAAAACUCAACCCUGCAGUACAAUCGCUCUUGACGUUAUUGUUUGAUGUCGGUCGAAUGGAGGAGGAGAUGCGUGAACAAGGUGUGAAUAUCCAAGAACUCCCACUCGGUCGUCUCACAAAACAACAAAUCCGUAAAGGUUUCUUGGUCCUUGCUGAAAUCAGCGAUGAAAUCAUCAAGGCAAAACCAAACGAAACGGACUUGCUCAAUUUGUCGAGUCGUUUUUACAGUCAGAUUCCACAUCGCGCAAAAGGGACCGCUCGACCGGCUGUGAUUCGUACGGCUGCGUGUGUGAAGAAGAAGUUGUCGUUGCUGCAAUCACUUGAAGAUUUACGCGUUGGUACGGAUUUAUUGGAGGAGAAGAUGGAUGAAGCCACGACGUUACCGGUGCAUAGGUUGGAUGCCAACUAUGAGAAACUCAAGUGCAAGAUUGAUCCACUCCCAGCAACGGAUAUUCGGUACAAGAUGAUUCAACAGUAUGUUGAUUUCACGCACAACGGCGUCCUACCAGAUUGGGGUACCUCUCACAAGAUUCAAGUGGAUGCUAUUUUUUCACUACAAUCAGAAUUGGAUGCACGAUUCAUGCCAUUCUCACGCGAACCCAAUCGUCAGCUCUUGUGGCAUUGUUCGCGUAUUGGCAAUUUCACGGGUAUCUUAUCAAAAGGCUUACGUAUUGCACCAAAAGAAGCACCUUCCUCUGGAUUUCGUCUCGGCAAGGGCAUCUACUUCACCAAUACAUUACAAAAAGCUCAACAAUACUGCUAUGCAUCCUCCUAUCCCUCAGAUCAAUGCAUGUUGUUGUGUGAAGUGGCCUUGGGCGAGUCUCAACGUCGUUUGUAUGAUGACUACACGGCAUCGUCACUUGAGGCUGGGAAAUCAUCCACAUGGGGAGUCGGUGUCACGCAGCAUGAUGAAGCUGAUCAUGUCACCAUGGAAGAUGGUGUCCUGGUACCCAUGGGAAAGAGUAUCAUGGCUGCUGAGUUUGGAGAAAUGGAGUGCAGUGCAUUUACAUGGAACGAAUUGGUCGUGUAUGAUGUGGCGCGUGUCAGGCCACGGUUUCUGCUCAAAACGACGUUCCUCAAGGUUUGACGCAUUGAGCGAUUGAGCCUUGGCAUUGAGA